AACACCCUUCAUCACCAGCCCAAACGGCCGACGGGCACAGGCUUACCUUGGGGAUGCUAUCAUUGACAAAUAAAUAAAACAGAGUUGUUAUCUUUAAUCGCUGUUUAAAAUAUAUCCAUCUCUUAAAUACACAGGAACAAGGUAUACACAACACCUCAAAAGAAAUGUAAAAUCAGAAAAACUAUGAACAAUCUGAGAAACUUUGUGAAGUAUUGAGUCCUAGUCCUAUUUAGGCAUUCGACUUACUAUAAAUAAUCAACUAAUUCUCAUUACUUUGCAACUACAUGUCUACUAACUCUCAAAGUAGACUGUUAGAGGUAGGUUUGAGGUUAGUAGAAUAAGCUCAAAGUAAAGUGUUAGAAUUAAAUAGCAGACAGUCUACUAAUACACUAUAUUAAUGCUGCUUGACAUGUAGUUUCAAACUUACUUAGUGUUAGUAGAAUGUCUAAAGCAUGGACCCAUUAGGUGCAGUGGUUUGAGAAUUUGAGCACCUUUUUUGUUUGAGAAUUUGUAUUGCUAAAAUACAUACACAUAUAUAUAUGGAGGGAAUGUAAAAUAUGUGGAAUGUUUAUGUAAUGUUCGCUCCCUGUCAGGCUCCUGGUACAGGGAACACCCAGCGACCCUUCAACAUGAAUCAUUACGCUACUAAGAAGAGUGCGGCGCAGAGCAUGCUGGAUGUGGCUCUUCUGAUGGCGAACUCCUCUCAGCUGAAGUCCGUGCUUCAUUCAGGAGCGCAGCACCGCUUCUACGUUCCUCUCCUCGCUCUGAUCUCACUCUCCAUCUCACUGCAGGUCAUCGUAGGCCUCCUGCUCAUCUUCAUCGUGAAGUAUGACCUGAAUGAUGUGAAGAAACAGCCGAGACUUAACACAAUGAAUGACGCAGCAACCGUUUUUGUGUUCUUCACUGUUCUUAUCAACAUCUUCAUCACAGCCUUGGGAUUUGAGUCUGCAGGGUGA